AUGGCAACCAUAGAAGCCCUUAUCCAAGAAUGGCUACGUUUGGACAGGGAUGAAGCCACGAGGACGGAGAUUCUGGAACUCGUCAAGCAGCAAAACUUCAAGGAAUUAGAUUUUCUUCUCGGUUCGAGGCUCACAUUUGGUACAGCUGGUCUCAGGGCUCGAAUGGGAGGGGGCUUUUCACGACUCAACAGCUUAACUAUCAUCCAAACAUCCCAGGGUCUAGCUCAGUAUCUACUAGAAGAAGAACGGGCCUCAGCAGCUACGGCAGGAGUAGUCAUUGGGUAUGAUGCCCGCCACAACUCCAAGAAGUUUGCAGAACUUGCAGCUGCCGCCUUCAUUGCCAAAGGGAUUCGAGUCUCGUGGUACGAGGAUCUCGUUCAUACUCCAAUGGUGCCUUUCGCUGUGAAACAGCUUCAUGCCGCCGCUGGUAUCAUGAUUACUGCAAGCCACAAUCCCAAAGACGACAAUGGCUACAAAGUCUACGGGUCAAACGCAUGCCAGAUCAAUAGCCCAGCAGAUGCCAAGAUUUCAGCCGCUAUACUAAACAAUCUAGAGCCAGUGACCUGGGACAUCAAAGGCAACGGACAGUCCAAGCUGCUCACCCCAGUGCUGGACAACAUGCGGGCAAGCUACCUUAAAAAAGUACAUCAAUACGUGGAUGUUCGCCCAAGAGAUGCCGGCUUUCCUCUGGGAUUUGUAUAUACUCCUAUGCAUGGUGUCGGUCUCGUUCCCAUGGAAGCCAUAUUGAAGGUGCUAGAUAGCCAUGACCGCAUGGUAGUAGUCCGGGAGCAAGCCCAGCCUGACGCCGAAUUCUCCACUGUGGUUUAUCCGAACCCCGAAGAAACAGGGGCUCUUGACCUAGCAAAGGCAACAGCAAACCAGCGGAAUGUACGAUUGAUUCUUGCCAACGACCCUGACGCAGAUCGUUUUGCCGUUGCCGAGAAGCUGGAUGACGGUUCCUGGCAUCAAUUCACCGGUGAUCAAGUAGGGAUUCUUCUCGCGGAUUACCUGGCCAAAGGGAUAAAGCCCGAAGAAUCGGGUGAAGAGUGGAUGUUGACGACCGCGGUGUCUUCCCAGAUGCUUUCAGUGCUUGCAGAAGCUCGAGGAUUCGCCGUUGAGGAAACCCUUACAGGAUUCAAGUGGCUUGGUAAUCGAGCAUUAGAACUUGCGGGUAAGGGCAAAAAGGUGCAUUUUGCCUACGAAGAAGCGCUAGGUUACAUGUUCCCUGACGUCGUCCAUGACAAAGAUGGGAUUGCAGCCGCUGUCGUUUUUCUGCGCGCUUGCAAGGAUUGGCCAUCAUGUUCCCCGUGGGCUAAACUACAGGAAUUGUAUGGGGGCUACGGCUAUUUUCAUACGAUUAAUACGUACUGGCGGUCUCCAGACAUAACAGCAACGUCGGCAGUAUUCGAUCAAGUGCGUCGCAUUGGGGAGCCUUACCCAAAGCUUGUCGGACGAAGAAAUGUAGUCCGCUGGCGAGACCUGACCGUGGGGUAUGAUUCCAGUACUAACGACCACACACCUGACUUGCCCGUUUCAGAAAGUAGUCAAAUGAUCACCUGCUGGCUCGAAAAACUCGAUGAUAUUGACGAAGGAAUCCGCUUCACGGUUAGAGCAUCUGGGACUGAACCCAAGAUCAAGAUAUAUUUGGAAUGCCGUGGCAAGGAUCCAUUAUCAGCCAAAACAGGGGCAACCCAGAUGCUGGAGAGUAUAAAGCUGGAAUGGUUCAAUGAUCCUUGCCUCAUUAUGGAGAAGAAGCCUUGA